AACGCGGCCUGUUGGCGCCCGGUGCAGGUGGCGGCGGCCUCGGGCCCACGGCAGGCGCCAUGUUGGGGGUGUCUGGGUCGCGGCUGCGCGGGGGGCUGCUGGCCCGGCUCUCGCCCUCCGCCGCGGCGCUCCGCUGCGCGCCCUCGCUGCCGGACCACGCGCAGGCCAAGGCGCAGGCACACCUGCUCUCCGCGGUGGCCUGCGAGCGCGCCAUGCGCUGGCCGGAGGUUGUUGAACACUAUACCGUGCUUCUGAGAACUCUGAGCAGAGAGGAACUACCCAAAGACUUUGAGCCGGGCUUUCGCUAUUUACAACUGCUCUUUGAAACCUAUUAUCAUUUAGCUGUAGCUUUCCAAAAACAGAAUCAGCAUAAGGAAGCUGUGGAAGCAUUUACCAAGGCAAUAGAAAUUGGAUUCAUCCCUAAGGGUGUCUGUCAGGUUGGCUGUACCUCCAAAUCUUUCCUUCAAACGCCAGUGUUUGCUAGAAGAGCAUAUGCACAUGUAAAAUGUGACAAUAUGAAAGAAGCAAUAGUUGAUGCUAACAGAGCUGUUGAGUUGGAUCCUUCCAAUCCUGAUGUGUACUGUGUCAGGGCUCUUGUUUGGAGUGCAGCAAAAGAAAAGAAUAGAGCCAUUACUGACUUAAACAGUAGCCUCAAGUUAAAAUCAUCUCAUACUUGUGCUUUGAUUAUCAGGGGAGCCAUUACAAAUUCUCUUAUGGCAAAAAAGUGCAUGAAAUCUAUAGAGAAUAAUAAAGACCACAAAAAGGCUUUGGACCUCUCCAAAGAUAGUCAACGGUUUUUUGAUGUAGAAGAUUUCCUCAGUCCUAAAAUGGCAGAUUUUUAUGAUAAAUUUCUGUGGUCCCUAACUGUUUCCCAUACAGUGAUGGAAGUCAACUUGUUGCCUGGAAGUUUAACAAGUUCACGGUUAACAUCCUAUUUAUCAAGCAGAGGGAAGGAAAUUGAAUCAUUUCGCCACCGGACACUCGGGUCAUUCAACUGUGGCACUUUGACCACUUAUCCUGACAACACUUCUUUUUUGAGGAGAACAUCUUAUGCAAAGACGCUGAAAGAAAUGGAUAGUAUGGCUGCAAAAUCAGAUGCAAGAAGAACCCAAAGCCAAAUAAAUAUGAAGCCAGCAAGAACAAAGUCAAAAACUCUGAAGGCAAAGACAAGAGAUGCCGGUGAGUCAGCAUCUUGCCACAUGCCAUUCUCCACUUUGGUGCAACAUGAUUCAGAAGUCAGGAAAGAAGCACUACUUGCAGAUGAAGGUUUUCUGGGCAGAGGAUUAGCAUGCAGAUCUCUUCAGCUGAAAAGUACUUUCAGGAGUGAAGAGCACCUCCAUGGAUGAUAACCUCUAGCCUGGUGGCUGUGCCACUCUCCAGGGGAGGUGAGAGAUGUGACUUUAAAUCAGGGGUGUCCAACCUUUUUGAAUAUGGGGCUGGACUAUGAACUUUUUAUCACCCAGUGGGCCGGUGAGCCAUAUUCAAAGACCUCACAGGAAGCGGUAUCACAUCAGGAAGUGAUGUCACGUGAUCUUUGACACCAGUGAAGUUGCAGGAAGUGACAAUGAAAUGGGUCUGGAAAUGUGGUUUAAAAUCCAAAAUAAAAACAAUAUAAAAGCAACAAUGAAAUAAUACCAAACACUUGACUAAAAUAAACACUUUUGCUUCUACUCCCUUCUCAGUGAAUGAAAGAAUAGGAAUCGAAGGGGGGUGCAAAUGCACCAGUGUACCCCCCAGUCCAACCCUGCUAAUACCCAGCAGUCAAUUUAGAUUUUGAAGAACAAGACCUGGGAUCCUUGCAGUCACUUUCAUGUUAUUCUGUGGGAAGAGCAGCAGCUGGCUGGAAAGAAGCCAGCGAGAGCUUACAUGUGAAACAGUCUUCAAAAAAACCCCAAAAGCCAACAAAACAAAAAACAACACAUCAACAACCUACAUCUCUUCGGCCCAGCUAGCAAGCCAGCUCACAAGUGAAGCUGACAGCUAACAGCUAACCCUUUCCUCUCUGGUGUGGACCUGACCUGGUGCUGACCCCUGGCUCUGCUGGGUAGGGCUGGCUGGGGAGUAAGCCUGGCUAAUACUUCCUACCAGGGUGCUGCUAGCUGAAAUGCUGGGGGGUGGUGACAAAUUCAACACUUCGGGGAGAAGCUGGAGCGCACAUAGUUUUUACAGGGGUAAUGGUUGUAGCCAUGUUGGUUUAAGCACAUCAGUGGACCAGGUUCUUUGGGAUCCAGGAAGAGCAUAGACCAACUGCAGAUGCUUCCUCAGCCUGAAAAAGGGUGUUUGUAUCCAAAAGCUUGCAAAAAAGAAUUUUUCCAACUAUUUGAGUUGGUCUAAUAAAAAAUAUUUUUUAUAUUC